CAAGGGACACCCUACUAUUAGGCAGUUUAAUUGCAUUUAAAUUUAUACAAAAAGCCCCAAACAAAUAAACCACAAAAUACCCAAUUUAUCCUGAAGAAAAUCUUUGACUACUCGAAGUUUGAGAGUUCAGGGAAACCAAUCAGAGCCAAGUUUCGCCAUGUUGCAGUAGAUAGCUAUAUCAUAAACGAUAACACAACACAAAGCAAGAAAUUCAGACAGCAAGACAGCAAACAAACAAACAUCCAAAACGAGAGGCCGAGCAACUUUAGCUUUAGCACACUUCAACAACUUAUUAUAGCAAGCUGUGUUCACCUCAGGACAGAAGUUAUGCCUCUUCCGGACACGAUGUACUGCCCUCAGCAGAUCGACAUCCCGCCCGAGCUGCCAGACAUCCUCAAACAGUUCACUAAAGCUGCUAUUAGGACACAGCCGCCAGAUGUGCUGCAGUGGUCUGCUGCCUAUUUCACAGCGCUAUCAGAAGGUGAACCACUUCCAGUCAAAGACAGGAUGGAAACCCCUGUAAAAACACAGAAGACAGACACUGCGCUCACUCCAGGUUUCCUCAAAAUUCUUCAUAAACAGCUUUCAUCCAAGAAGGACGUUAGUAAAGAAGAGUUACAGCAGAAGUGGAAAGGGCUGUGUCUGCCAGCUGAACAGCUCAACACACUGCUCACGCUCGGGAACUUCAGCACGGAGGUCGACUGGAUGCACUUCUUCGCUCUCGGGUGCAGCGCUUUGAGCGGAACGAUCAUCAGCGCUCUGAAGUUUGCGUGUGAGAUCCUGAGCGAGGACCCUGAGGGAGGAGCAGCUCGAAUCCCCUUCCACACCUUCAUCGAACUGUACACGUACCUGGCCCAGGUGGACGGAGACAUUCCUCAGGACGAGAUAGACAGCUUCCUGUCCAGCCUACAUGAGCCUGUGACGCGUCGAGGUGGGAUGGUCCAGCCGUCUGAUUUCGCUGACCUCGAUGUGUAGAGGUGCGAGUGAAAAACAGAGCACAGAUGGCUUUCAGAUUCACUCUUCACGCCGAGAUUGAAACAUCUUAUAUAACCACACUAACGAUGCAGCAGGAUUUAAACAUUAACUCUAUAAAUCCUGGGCGUAUUUUUAGAUUUUUCUGGGUGAUAUACGUAUUAUGCUUAUUAAUAUGUCCUCAGAUUUUUACUAAUCAAUUACAAAUACUCACUAUGACCCAAAGUUGUUUUCCUCGUCUUACACCACAGCAAUUUGUCAACGAUUACGAUAUUGUUUUUUUUUUAAAAAAAGAACAACAUGAAACAAGUAUUGCGGCUAUAAGGAGUCGUUCCCUCGCCUCUCCUUUUACUCUCUCUCUCUCUUUACGUUAAUAAUAAUAAUAAUUUAAAAAAACCCAGCAGCUUGUCGUGCUACUCAGAAACCAUAAUGAAGCGUAAACUCCUCUGUCCUGAAGUUGUCAGAAAACUUAAAAGUUACAGCUUUACCUCUGACACUUCCCUACUCCUUAUUUUAAGAAAACGUCAACGAUUUUUUACAUUUAUUUAGCGGAGCGUUCGCCGUACAAGUCUCUGUGAAUGAGCCGCUACUAUAGAAACGAUAACGUAUCAGAGCGUAAUAUAAAGCUGUGAUUUGUAGCUGCUGGUAUAGAAAAUUAGAAAACAUCUACUGACCAAUCAGAAUCCAGGAUUCAACAGCGCUGUGGUGUAAUUACAGUUACUGGAUGCCUCUUGUCUAAGGCAGUAGGACACUAAAUGUACGUUUUUCACACACGUGUGUAGUAUGAACUGUGUAGUAAAUGUGUGCCUUGUUUAAAUGACAAAAUGUUAAAGUAGAAUGGAUUAUAGGUUUAUUUUAAUAAAGUUUAUUACUGCUGAAACAGAA